AUGAAGACUGGCUACCACCUGAACAUGGCACCCGGAGACUUGCUGAGCAAAGGCCGGAGCCCCAGAAGGAAACAAAUACAGACUCUGAGCAAAGCUGCCCUCAUCCCGAGUGGCCCGGUGGCCCCCCGGGGGGCCGGGUGCUUGGCAAUGAGCCCCGUGCUGUCAGCGUUCCUGACGGAGCUCCCCGGCUGGCUCCUGUUCGCUGGGGUCUUCCUGCCUGUGACUUUGCUGCUCCUCCUCCUCAUCGCCUACUUCAGGACCAAACUGAUGGAGGUGAAUGAAGAAUUGUCCCAGACCACCAGUCAUCACCAAUACAAACGCAGGGCUGGCUCUUCCCAGUACCAGAGAAUGAAACGAAGGUGACUUGGGGACCGGUCAAUGGCUAAAACACAGUGAAUUUCUACUGGUCAGCGGCUUAGCUAAUAAAGUAAGUUAAUAAACUCGAACAACAGCAAAAAUA